AUGUCGACGCCCGGCCUCCUACCCUUUUCCCCCAUGGCAGCGGGCCCUUUACCUGUGCCAUUUCCGUCAGUAUCACUGCCUGGCCAUAUGCCACCUCUCAGGGCUGUGCUUAAGGCGCCCCCACAACCAAUUUUGAAUGGUUAUCAUGUACGGCCGCCUGUUGACUUAUCAAAGGCUGAAGAGGUUUUGCUUAAUCGUGACUCUGAGGAGGAAGAAGAGGAGUUUGAUCCCAAUAGCGGCAGUUGGAUGACUCCCCGUGAACGAAUGCUUGUCCUUCACUUUCAAUCCAGAUCCCUCACUGUUAGCAAUCCUUAUGUUGAAGACUACUACUUCGCCGUCAAGUGGCUCAGCUGGAUGACCAAGGAACGCGAGCGCAAGUGUUCCAUGGGUUUUCCGCCCGCCAGCUUGCCCCUACCCUUCUUCUACAUUAACAGCCCCGUCUCCACCACAAAGCUUGUCAGCCCUGAUCAUCAUCACCGCCUGGCUCUGCGCUGUCGUUUCAUUGUACCAAUUCCA